GUGCGCGAAAUUUAGUUGUUGCGAAUAUAUCCCUACUCGAUUCGCGAAAAUUUAGGGCUGCGAAAUUAAAUGAUUUUACAGUAUUUAUUCAUGAUAACUACAGCCUCUGCAAAAACAAUGACGUGGUGGGUGCGCCUUAUGUCAUAUCGUUUGCUAACGUUCGCAUAUUUAUAUGGUUUCCCAAAAAGAGCCACUGGAUCAGUGGACAGAGCUUUCACGCGUCGCCGUCCUGUGAACAUUCGAUCAGCACUAGCUAUAACUGUUACGUGUAGUUGCCAUUAAAGGGAUGGCUGGUCGUUCUGAUUAUCUAGCUAUCUUGUUUUCUCCAGCGCUUAACGCGCGCGACGAAGUUCUUGGGCGACGACCUUCUUGCGAAGUGCUUUACUUCUCCUAAUGUUCCUUUGUGUGUACGGUUUUCUUUCAUAAUACUAUCCAGUGCUCACGCACUUGUUUGGUGCAAGGUACAGUAAAUACUGCCACCGUCGCGUUGACUAUGAUGGAGAAAAUACCCCCACUCUGAGUUGUUCGUGCGUCCCCGUUGGAGAAGAGAACACGGGGCGUACGCCGAUAUGACAGCAUCGGCGUGACGUCGCUGAUGCCGCCGCUGCCGCCGGGCCUUCAACGUGCUCUACGCCGCCGCCGAAAAAAAAUGCCCACGGCGCACACCUCUAGCUGUGUGUGCCAAUAGAAAACAAUGGGAGGCAACAGAGAUUGCGUGGUUGUGCCAAUGUCCUUCUCCAGCACUCACAUGCUUUUGUUGAAUACAACUGCAGCGUGGGAAAAGCUGCUUGGGGACGGGGUCCUGCUAUCCAGUGCUGACUUUGUCAUGCUUGUUAUGUGGAGCAUGUUCCAAAAAAUGCAGCUCCACGUAUGGUCUUCAAAUUGCAACAGGACUAUUUGGAGCUUGAAACAGUUGUGAUUUUGUCAUUUUGGCUCUCGUGUACCCAGUCUGUGAAACGCAAACAAAAAAGUCUAACACGAUAUGCUUUUGUAAUGAAGAUCACUGAUGAUGAGAUAAUGAUGAUGAGUAAAGAGAAUAUACGAGUUCAAGUUUAUUCAGUAUUUUGUAUCAUUCAUUAUAUUAUUCAACAUUUUAUGUCAAUUUAUACAACAUCAAGUUUAUUCAAGUUCAAGAUUUAUUUCUUGCACUUAUGCGUUUCAGGAUACAAUGAACGUGCAGGGAGGUCGCAAAAGACUACAUUUAUUGUUUUGUGACCUUGCUACAAUGGCAAUAUAUAUUUUAGGAAUGACAGUGGUCAGGUACGCUCUCUCAAUUUUAGGUUGGAAUGAGCAAUGAAUAGCAACUUCCCUCCUGAUAUUUUCUCAUAUAUGCUAAAUUUUAAAUUUAAUGUGAUUGAAUAUGUGAUAAUAUAAUAAUAAUAUAUAAGAAUAUAAUAUGUGAUAAAUGAAUGUGAUCAACAGUAGAUGUAAACAACAUGAGUAGCCAGAGAAGUGCAUUCUCAAUAAAUAAUUUUCUUCAUAUAGCGUAUAUGUGCAUGCCUAUUAACUGAAACAAUUAUCACAGUUCCCUGACAAGUUUUAAUUUCUGAGAGUGUACUGUAGAGGCUGCUUAGAUCUACAACAGUUCAUACAAGGUAUUAUAUACUGUGAAUGCCUUUAAAAAUCCCAUGUGACACAAAUGCCUUUACUUUCUGGAGGUGCUGUGGUAGUCAAAGUUUGUGAGCAUUACGCAGGUUCUGCACCCAUUUCUUGAGUAUGUCGAGGCAGCUGUGAAGUAACCUGCAUUAAUGAUGAUUAUUCCAAUUUUAUGGUGCAUCGACAACAAAGGAAAUAAUACAUCAGAAGGUUGGUUUGGGUGCAACGAGUUAAAAAUGAAUAUGUUGUUUAAUAAAUGCAUUGGACAAAUGUUAAAACAUCAGUUUAAAACAUAGUUUACAAUCCCUGUAUCUUCUAAAAAUUAAAAAGAUUAAAAACUAUUCUAAAAAGAAUUAUAAUAUCUAAUUAUUAUAUUGCUGGGUGAAGGAGCCUAAAGUCUAAGGUGUGUUUCUGAUGUGAACAUGUAAACAUUUGACUUUGACUGGAAUGUAAACAUGAACAUUUAGAACUUUUAAAGUUGUGCCUCGGACAAACCUUCUUCCAAUUCAAGAACAGGUUCUUUAAACAAACCGACGGAUGCCCCAUGGGCAGCCCAAUUUCAACGACCGUUGCCAACUUAGUCAUGGAGUUUGUUGAAGACAAGGCCUUAGAGGACGCAGGACAAUUCAUCACCUUUUACAGACGUUAUGUUGACGACACAUUUGUGAUUAUUAAGAAUAAUUUCACCAACACAUUCUUUGACAAGCUGAACAGCAUUCAUCCUAACAUCCAGUUCACGUGCGAGGAGGAGAAAGAGAAAAAGAUCGCCUUCUUGGAUGUCCUCGUGCAAAGAGACCCGUGCGGAAACUUGAAGACCUCGGUUUACAGAAAACCGUGCGACACAGGUCAGGUCCUGCAUUAUGGUUCGGGGCACCCUCUUGAACACAAGCGAUCGGUUGUUCGUUCCCUGCUUUCACGUGCCAUGAAGAUCCCUUCAGAUCAUCAGACAAGACAUGAAGAAAUAACAAAGGCCAAAGCGGAUCUACGAAGAAAGGCAUACCCCGAGCAAUUUAUCUGUGAUACAUACCACCGAAUGAUGAAUACACGCCCGGAACAGGCGGAAAGUAGUCAAGAAAGACCCAUGUACGUUACCAUUCCCUACCUGAAGGGUGUGUCAGAACCAAUUAGACGGGUGCUCUCCCAGGUGAACAUUAAAACUGCAUUUAAGCCCACGACAACACUGAGGAACGUACUAAGCCACCCCAAGGACAGAACACCACCGGAAGAAGAACGAGGCGUUGUAUACAAGGUAUCUUGUCAAGAUUGCCCUGCCGUGUACAUCGGAGAAACAGGAAGGAAGACACGAACAAGAAUGAAAGAACACAAGAAAGAUAUCGAGAAAUCAGCAACAAACCCAACAGAACUGUGUGAACACGCGCGCAAAACAGGACACGUGUUAGACCUGGACAACCCAUGCAUUCUGGCGAAAAAGAACAAAUGGGGGGUGAGGAGACAGCUGGAGUCAUGGCACAUAAAGAAAACAAAAGAAGCUAUCAAUCGACAACCAGGCCCCCUCCCAGAAUGCUACGCUCCUCUUCUACGUAAAUACCCGGUGACGACCAGGACAGCGUCAUUCUGAUGAUGGGUCCCGAAUGGGACCCGAAACGUUAACUGUAUUUUGUUAUGUUUGUUGAAAGCCGGUGCGGUUGA